AUGGCCUUUGUCAAUGACGGCAUUCACACUCACCGUGAAGGGUUAACUGUUUCUAAUUAUCAAAUCUCGGAGGCUGUCAGCUCCGAGUUCUGUCAUCUUCGACUUCUGAGACAUUUUCCAGUUGAUACACCUCCAGAUUUCGUCAUGCCGUCUCGCCGAGGCCGCCCCCGUCACAUCAAUCCAACAUCAUCUCCUCAUAAGAACCGACUGGCCGGAUCUGCAACGGCACAGGCAGACGGCCCGGGAGCUAGAACUAGGUCCCGUUCUGGAAAAACAAUUUUGGCUCCGGUAAUCUCACUAGGCAAGUGUACACUUGCUCGCCCGCCAAUGUAG